GGCCGAAGGGCAGCAGGUGCAGGCCAGUGCAGAUCCGUCCGCGCGCGCGGUCGAGCCUCUCCCGAGUGAAGUGUGCCGCAAUUUGCGACGGCGGCGGCGAAGGGGGAUCGUAGGGGAGGCGCUCGCUCGCUCGCCGAUUCGGCCGAUUCCGUUCGCCGCGCGCUAUAAAGUAAUGCGCCGGCGAGCGGAACGCACGGAAUCGGGACUACGUGAUACAGCCGCGCGCGUGCGAUGCCCGACAUGCUGACGAUGGCUGACGAAACACCGAGGGAUACGUUGCUGGCUCGCGUGCGGGAGCAGGGCGAGGUGGUGCGACGACUCAAGGCGACCAAGGUCGACAGCACGCAGGAACACAGCGUGCAGUCUGAUAUAAGUGUCGAGUUAGAAAGCUUAGACGACGAUCUCGCGGACGUCAGCUACGUGUGCGGCUGGUGCCCGACGUCCAGGGACGCCGAGCUGUACGACGCGCUGCGCGUCGUCCUUGACGACGAGCUCGCGAGGUGGCCGCAUCUGUACAGGUGGCACGUUAACAUGACGAGCUUUACCCGGGAAGAGCGCCUAGCAUUUCCCGCCGCGGAAGCGCCGCUCACUUCCCUGGCGGAAGAGAUCGGCCGGCUCAGGUGCACUCGCUAUGUUAGCAAAGACACGCUUGACAAGAAGAUAGCGGAGGAAGUUGCCAAGUUGUUGGACCUGAAGGCGCAAUUGGGGGAGGAGAAUGGUUGCCCUCACAAGCUCAUCCUCAAAACGCCGAAAGGCACGAGGGAUUAUAAUCCGGAGCAAAUGGCGCUGCGGCUGGGAGUGCUGGACAAAAUAAUAUCAGUAUUCAAGCGCCACGGCUCCGAGACGAUAGACACGCCUGUAUUCGAGCUGAAGGACGUCUUAACGGGUAAAUACGGCGAAGACUCCAAGCUCAUCUACGACCUCAAGGACCAGGGCGGCGAGAUCCUCGCACUUAGAUAUGAUUUGACAGUUCCUUUCGCGAGGUAUCUGGCCAUGAACAAGAUCUCUUCCAUUAAAAGAUAUCACAUUGCCAAGGUCUACCGAAGAGAUAACCCUGCCACGACAAAGGGCAGAUAUCGGGAAUUUUAUCAGUGUGAUUUCGAUAUCGCCGGCCAGUACGAUCCGAUGCUACCGGAUGUGGAGUGCAUCAAGGUUGUGUGCGAAGCGUUGGAAGCUUUGAAUUUGGGGCCAUACUUGAUCAAGGUGAAUCACAGGUCUCUGCUGGACGGCAUAUUCGCCGCGUCCGGUGUGCCGCAGAGUAAAUUCCGCAGUAUUUGCUCCGCCGUGGACAAGCUGGACAAGAGCCCGUGGGAGGAGGUGAAGAAGGAGAUGACGGACGAGAAGGGAUUGGACGAGCAUAUCGCCGAUAAGGUCGGCAAGUACGUCUCGCAAUCCGGUGGAGUGGAACUGGUAGCAGAGUUGAGAAAAGACAAAGAGCUGAUGAAACAAUCCGCCGCUGUGAAAGGCUUAGACUCUAUGGAAUUGUUGCUCAAGUACUGCGGCAUCUACAAGAUCCUGGACAAAAUCAAGUUCGACUUGAGUCUCGCGAGAGGACUCGAUUACUACACGGGCGUAAUUUACGAAGCUAUUUUGUGCGGAGACGAUGUCGGUGUUGGUAGCGUAGCAGGCGGUGGCCGUUACGACAAUUUAGUGGGGAUGUUCGAUAGCAAGAACAAAAAUGUACCCUGUGUCGGCGUGUCGGUGGGCGUGGAGCGGAUAUUCAGCGUCAUGGAGGCGAAAUUGGCUAACAAGGGCCUGAAAACGCGCACUGCCGAGAUCGAGGUGUUCGUGGCGAGCGCGCAGAAGAAUCUGCACGAGGAGAGGAUGAAGAUAUUGGCGGAUCUCUGGGGUGCCGGCGUAAAGGCGGAGCAGUCCUACAAGAAGAAUGCCAAGCUCCUGGCGCAGUUGCAGCACUGCGAGGAGAACGGCAUCCCGUUGGCGAUAAUUAUCGGAGAAGGCGAGCUGGCGAAGGGUGAAGUUACACUGAGAGUCGUUUCGACGCGAGAGGAGACUCGCGUGCCACGCAGCAACCUCGUCGAGGAAAUACGGAGGCAGCUAAACACGCUGUCGUAGCAUCCUUGUACAUACAUGUUCUUACUGUCGACAUCAGUACAAGAAAAAUAUUUAUAUCGCAUUUAGUUACAUUUCGAUCCGCGCGCUGGGAAAAGUGUAUUUAUUAGCUUUUGCAUUGUUUUAUUUCGCACAACGUGUUAAUAACCGUGAUAAACUCUCAAUUGUCACCGAUAGACGCUAACUGCGAAAUCGUACAAUAAGUAAAUGCACGAGGAAGUGUAACGACGCUCUACACUUGCCACGUGAACAUGUAGACAAUUUUCACAUGGAUAAUCCUUUAACUGAAUUUCUCCGGAUGAAAUCUGGAAUUUAACCGGAUUUUUAACCCUUUUAUGACCGAUUCCCCCCCCUUUUUUUUACUAUUUUUGUAAGUAAAAUAUUGAAGGAAUCAGAGAAGCAAAAAGUGUACUUAUGUGUCCCAGUGAUCAUGAAAGGGUUAAACUGGCAAUAAUUCGCAGCUUUGAGCUACCGCUCGAGAAACCAAAUACAUCUUUAUAAUUUAUUCUGUAAGCAACUGUCAAUAAAAAGUUACAAAUUUCGUAGAA